GCCUCCCAGCCGGUGCCACAGCUGAGCUCGCUGAGUCAGGUCCACCUCCAGCUCAAAGGAACUAGAGCCGGACUCAGAAUCCAGACUCACUAUUUGGACCAGUCGGACCUGAGGCUGAAGAGAUGCAGGACAGAAGCAGAUUCGUCCAGAGCAGAGCAGCAGUGGCUCUGGGCUUUGUGCUGGUGAUGCUGACUCAGCAGGUGUGUGCAGGUCCGCUGGCCUCGCGGCUGCAGUCCGGCUCCGACCACAGCUCAGACUCGGUCGUCCACACGCUGAGGAGGGUCGCUCGGAUGACCCCCCUGUGGAGAAUCAUGAGCAGCAAACCGUUCGGAGCUUACUGCCAGAACAACUACGAGUGCUCCACUGGGCUCUGCAGGGCGGGCUACUGCUCCACCAGCCACCGGGCCCCGUCCGAGCCGGUGAACUACUGACCGUCCUCGGUACGUUCAGCCCCAGUGAGCAGACGUGAUCCAAAACCUGGGUUCUGAGGACUGGAACUCAUCCAGGCUCUGUACUCGGACUUCUGUAUUUAUAUGUUCCAAUUUGUUUCUGAUGAAAUCUCAAAGUUUUUAUGGAUUCACACAGCAAGUAGUUAAUUAAUGCUCCACCGGUAAUGAGAAAUAUCACUCGAGGGGUAAAGUUCCAAAAGAAAAGUUUAUACUUGAUCAUUUCCACGAUAGGAUCAGUGAGAAUGUUUUUUAAUAAGAGUCCGAACAACUUCAAACUUUUUUACUUCUACUUCCAUGGACCAAACUUCCUCAAGCCUGAUCUCAAACUGAAUCCAAAUGAAAACGAAGUCUUUAACUUCGUCCUCUGUCCUGCAAGUUACUGUGGCCUUGAACUCACCUCCAGAAAUCGACAUGAUCAUAGAAGCAAAACACAUAGAACAGCCAGUUAUGACGUUUAUAUCAACAACCAGCCAGAAAGAAAAGAAAACAAUGUGGAGCUCGGUUUUAUUUUGUGAAAUGUGCUUUGGUCAAAAAACUUUAUUUUUUCCCGUUUAACAAAGCAACCAAAUGUAAAUCUGAUUUCUGAUAAGAGGAAACAGAAAUAAGAAAAAGUAGAAGAACCUCAAGAACACGAGGGUGAAAAGAAGAAGAGAAGCUGCAGAGGUUACAAAAUCCUGCGGCCAUGCUCGAGCAGCAGCCUGAACAUUUCAACACCUUCCAGUUCUGUUUCAUUCUGUUGAAAGUAAAGAUUGUUCAGAUGCAAAUGAAUCUGCAGAGGACAAAUUCACUUCAAUUCCAAAAACCUAAUUUAAAACAAAUGGAGGAAACUUAUACGUCCUAUCUGUCGUGCGUACCCAAAAUAUUUCCUUUUAGAUAUAUUGAUAAUUAAUGGCUUGUUUAAGAAUAAUAAAUAACCCCAAAUUUGCUCAGACAUUUUCCCCAGAUUUAAACCAGCCUGGUCUAUUGGGACCAGUUCCCUGACGAGCUGCACAGCCUCAGGGUUUUAUUUUCAGAUUUUGCUUCGACUCACCUGCAUCGUUUACGUCAUGCACAGAGCGGGGGGUUGCUGAUAUUUUUGUACACUCAGCAUGUUUGAGAAAUGUUUGAGUAGGAUUGCACUUUUAAAACCAAAAAAUUAUCUUUGUACUGUGUACUGUGCGUACUGUGUGUACUGUGCGUACUGUGUUAGCUGCCUGUGGAGCGUCGGAGGAGGAGGAGAGGGAAUAAAAGCAUUGGAAAAUAACAA